UCUACUGUGUUGUGGGCAUGUCCCGCCUCUGAUAAAAAAAAAAAAAUCCAGACGACUGCCCUGACCUGCCUCGCGUGUUGUGGACAUUUACCGCCUUUGACAAGUGAAAUGAUAGAUUGUCCUACACACAUCCAGUAAAACAGUGACUUCUCUAACGCAAGGACGAGUGUGUGCGUACAGGGACAUUCGGCAACUGUCAACACUUAAUGAAGUACCAAAGGGAAGUUGCCACGUUGUACAGACAGUACCUGAGGAAUAUUGCCGUGUUAAACUGUGAGACAAGUUGACGUUGAAUCGUGGGACUAUCUUCUCAUUAACCGUGUAAAUACUUAGGUGUAAUCAACCGUGGAAACACAGGUGUAAUCACCCGUGUAAAUACAGGUGUAAUCACCCGUGUUAAUACAGGUGUACAUACUCAGGAAGCAAGAAGCGUGGAUUGUUAUGUGAAAGUGAAUGACAGUCAUUCUGAUAAACUCUAAACAAUCAUGGACAAGUCCAAUAACUCCAACAAUGGGUCUUCCUGGAGUUUGACCUCUGUGUCACCUCUGCUACAGCGACAGAAGCAGUUGUCCGGUUCUACGUCAUCACUUCCCCCUGAGAGUAAGGUGGACAUCAACACCAGAGACAAGAAAGGCAGGAAUACGCUGUUCUACGCCGCCCGGAACGGGGAUGUCGAAGUCGCCAAGAAAUACCUGGAAUCUGGAGGCGACAUCAACAGAGCGGAUAAUUUUGGUGUGUCACCUCUACAUGAAGCCACGGAGAGGUCUAAAAUCGACAUAAUAGAACUUCUCGUCCAGUUUGGUUGUAACCUAAAUAUCAAGAACAUCCUGGGUCAGACGCCAUUAAUGCGAGCUGUAUUGUAUGAUGACCUUGAAGUUGUGAAAAUUCUUCAUAAGGCAGGUGCAGAUUUGGAUGAAAGGGAUUGUACAGGAAAGACCGCACUUAUGAUUGGUUUACAGGAAAGCAGAGAGGAUGGCAUCACGUAUUUGUUGCACGCCGGAAGUAACGUUCAUCUACAAGACAGGCUUGGGCAGUCGGCAUUAUAUAUAACUAUGAAGGAGGCCAAGAGGACAUCCAAUGAAAUUAUCCGUAAGCUACUGAAGGCGGGAUACGAUUACAACAGAGAUUCCCAUUGGCUCAAAACUUCGGAAAUGGAAGAUCUGCAGAAGCUUGAACAGGAUUCACAUCACCACUCGGGUAUCCUGCAUAAGAUAGCAUCUAAAGUGAAGGGAAAGCACCAUCAUCACCCACAAAAAAAUGGGUCAUCCGAACAGGAUUAAGUAAAUUGUGACUUUGUUUUGCCAAUGUUACAUUCUACAAACUUAUUUAAUAUUGUAUAAAUGUAUUAUUAGAAUAUAUAUCGAUAAAUAUAAAUAUUAAAAAUCGA